CGACAAUCUUCUUGGAAAGGCAGGCUAGAAGGGGAAUCCCCUUUUAUUUCUAUUUAAAGCAAUGACGGAGAGGUUAUCCAAUCAAAGCUCGUGUUUAUGUUGACGUCACGUGGCAUGAUCGAAGGACAGAGGGAACCUAAAUGGCGGGACUGCAGGUGCCGUAGUCAAAACAACAGGUGAUUAGAUUUUAACAAGUAUUCACACGAACAGGACAUUCAUGUAGAGGAAUUUUGUAGCCAGCAUGCCCACCCCAUACGAAUUAGAGUGUGAUGUGGGCAGCCACACCCAAGACCCUCCCCAAAUUGAGGGAGGUAUGCCACCAAAGUUGAUCCCUGGAGCAGAACCAGCACCACUACCUGGGGGGCUCAUCUCAGACCCAACAGGUGACCAAAACCUGCUGGCAGUUAAAGUGGCAGUUAAAGGACUCGUUGGUGGUGACUCACAAAAUGAAAACCCCAGCGAGGCAAUGGAGGUGGAGAUUCAAGAUGGUGGAUUGGGCACCCAGGCAGAUCAGUGUGAGGGCUUGGCUCCUAACAAUGUACAGAGUCGUACCAGACCCUGUGGUUUCCCAGUGACGCCCCAGGCUCCAGAUUUAACUGCCUUCAGCGAAGACACUCCUGUUGGGGCACCAGCAGAUGGCAAGCCCACAAAGGCCCAAUUUACAGAGGAUGAAGAGCUAGAGGCAAAGAAGAUGUUGAUGAUGGUUGAAAAUGAACCAGUGGGACAAGAUCUCUCCGCUGUAGCCAAGAUUGUGAUGCAGGGUGAUAGUGAGGCUGCGAUGGAAGAUGGCAGUCAGAUUGCUGAGGAGCUGGGUAUAAACCUGGUGACCAAUGAGAACCAGGAAGACAUGGCGUCAGUUGCUGACACAUUAAGUGUAAGAGUAGUUGGUUGCCUCGGUCAGCUUGAAGGAGGCGUGGAAAGCAUGAGCAUCCAGGAAGCUUCUGGUGUGGUCAGCCAUGGGCAAGAAUUGGCACAGGAGCCUGUCACAGUGAGUUUGCAAACGACUGAAGAUGCAGUUCAAGAUAACCAACACCAGGUGUCAGCAGAUGAAAGCCAAGUGGAGCCAGAAGCAAGACAAGCCAGCAUUGCAGUCAGACCACAGUUUCGCAAGAUGCACAGUAUCCCAUACACAGCUACUACAGAGUCCGCACAAAUCCCUGAAACACCCAUUCGACCUUCUAUACAAGAGGGGACGGGAGCACAGGAAUGCGUGGAACAGAUGGGACAGGGAUACUAUGAGAGUAUCAUAAAGAAGAUGGAGGAACUGGUCAACGAUGCUGAGAAGCGUCGGGGGCUGAGUAGAGAAGUGUUACAACAACUGAAGAGGAGAGCAGAUAACAUCUCAAAGCAUUUAAGUGGCCCCUAUUUAGAUGAGGUUUUGCUGAAGGAGAGCCAUAAACUAGAUUUGAUACUGAAAAAGCUGAGCCAAAGCUUGGAGCUCACAGAGAGUGACAGUAAAUGGCUGUUUGAUAUAGCAGAAGAUUUAAUGGAGGAGGAUGUGGCAAGCAGGGAAGAAGAUGGAGACAAGCUUGAGCCAACAGGCACCAAACACAGUGUAAACAGUUUAUACAGUGGCUGUGAAGGACCAGCACAAAGCUUGCCCCCCGUCAAACAGGCCAAACUGCACAGGGGAGACUCUGUAGGCUUUGGGACCCCUCUGGGAUACAUAGCCCCCACUGUAGACAGGCCCAAACAGCAGUGUGUCCAGGCAACUGAUGACAGCCCCUAUCCCAAGUUCAUCAAAGAAGAAGUCUACAGCAGAGCCUUAAGGGGCACACAGCCCUGGGUUUAUGAGAGCGAAGUGUCAAAUAACCCCCAAUCACCUUUUAACAAAUUGGUGUCAGGGAAAGUUGUCUAUUCAACUGCUGAAGGACUGUGCCAAUACAUGCAUGACCUUGACCCAUGUCGUGUGACCUUGGGGAUUAUAGGGGCCAUUGUUUGUGAGAAAAUAGCACAAGAAGUUGAGGACAGUUUUGAUGAAGGUGUACAUUAUGAGCAUGUAAAGGUGUUAGGAAAGGGCAGCUACGGUCGCGUCAGCCUGUGUUGCACGCUAAGUGACAAAAAACGCACAGAAUUUGUGAAGAAAGAGGUGUUAAACAAGGCAAAGUUUCGCGGGAGCGAAGUUGUCGUGCCUCUCCAAAUCUUACACAGAAACAUACCCCAAGUGUACGGGUUUAUCAACACUCCAGAGAACUAUUAUAUACUCCAAGAGUAUUCAGGGUGUAACCUGACCCAGUUCUUACUAUCGAAUGAAAUGGAUGAAAUUGAAAUCAAGGAAGUCACUGCCCAGUUGUUGGAUGUAGUGGCGUAUUUACACAGCUUUAAUAUCUAUCACAGGGACAUCAAAGCUGACAACAUUGGUGUUCGGCCUGGACUGGAUGGAUACGGCCUAAGAAUUAAGCUGCUGGACUUCGGUGCUUGCAUUACGCCCCAGGACAGUCCAGACCUGUUGGGACUGACCGCUGCCCACUGCUCCCCUGAACUGUGCACUGUGCUGGUCAAGGUGUUUCUUGGCAAGCAAGCGUGUGAAGACCUGCUGUGUCGGGUAGACUGGGGGAAAGUGGAUACGUACGCUGUGGGCUGUACUGUCCUCCACAUGUACAAGAAGAAACAUAUCUUCUAUGAAAAGAUGAAAAGUUUUCCAGAAGAGAAAAAUACAAAAGAGCUGCUGAAAUAUGUUUCAGAAUAUCCCAGAGCGUGUCUUCAAGAGAUCCCGGAUGUGUGCGUGGGAGAGAUGAGGGGUCUAUUGGAGGACUUGAUGUCAGUGGUCACCAGCAGGGUCACACCUAAAGAUGCUCUCCGACACCGAGCACUGGCUAUGUUUGUUAAAAGUGGCAAUGGCAAUAGUCAAGUUAGACCAGCAUCCAGCUCAUCAUUCACCAGAGCACCAUCUACCAAUGUGUUGCUGCACAAUGGAGCACAGCCCCAAGCUACAAGGAUUGAAAGUUGCACCAAGAUGGAGGAAGGAGGCAUCCCAGAUUUUGGAGCUCUGCUGAAUUUCGACAGCUGUGAAGAUCAAAUGGAUGAAGACACUGGGCAAUGUGACAGCAGCAGUUCCAAUGACAGCAGAGAUAUGGAUGAAGAAGAUAUGGAGAGUGACAGUGAUCAUGAGUAGAUGAACUUGAGGACAUGUUUGUCUGUGGCUGGUGUCACAAUUGGCUGUGUUGAUAGUAAAAUGUGUGAAAACUGGAAACAGAACAUCACCAGUUAAACAUUUGUGACUUAAUAUGUAUAUAUAGUUAUGACUGUAAAUAUCUGAGUUUAUUGUGUACAUAUUAUGUAAGAUAAAAGUGCAAUGUAUUUGUGGAAUUUUUAAAAUGAUGCAUGAAUUUUAACAUUCCCAUGUGUAAAUAUAUUACUGAAAUCAGUGCCAUAUUACAAAUAUUAUUUAAUAUAUAUAUAUGCUUAUAAAAA